GAGCUGCUUGUUGAGCCUAUUGCACAUCAGCCAGUGGUCCAGGAUAUACUGUACACCGAUUGGCCCAGAAACCCUCGAAUGAUCGGCUCGGAAUUUGUAGUGAAUGAGUGGGUGAAUGAGUCCGUGAACAUUUUAGGCAAGACAAGAGAACAUUUUUUUGGGAUGAUUACUAUAUAACAUGGCUCUGAACGGAACGAGAGCAAAUAAAGUGAGCCGGCGUGUUAAUGUGACUGAAACCCGGGGAGAGUAGCCAAAAUCUGGAUACUGUGUCAAAGUUUGUUGCUGACUGGCCCUUUAGUGUGCAGGUGGACCCAGGCCAGAGACAGCAGUGAGGAUGGGAGGUGGAGGCCAGCUGACUGAGCCAGAAGAGCCGAUCAGCGGGCGAGCUGCUGGUGUCUACACCUGGGAGGAGGUGCAGAGCCACUGCAACCGGAAUGACCAGUGGCUGGUGAUCAAUCGAAAGGUUUACAACAUCACACAGUGGGUCAAAAGACACCCAGGAGGGAUUCGAGUCAUCAGCCACUAUGCUGGAGAGGAUGCCACGGAGGCAUUCACUGCUUUUCAUCCAGAUUUAAAGUUUGUGCAAAAGUUUCUGAAGCCGCUGCAGAUUGGAGAGCUGGCAGCGACAGAGCCCAGCCACGACCGAAACAAAAAUGCAACCAUCAUACAGGAUUUCCAUACUUUACGUGCGCAGGUGGAGAGCGAGGGUCUGUUUCAAGCUCGGCCUUUGUUCUUCUGCCUCCAUCUGGGUCACAUCCUUCUGCUGGAGGCCCUCGCCUGGCUGAUCAUCUGGGUCUGGGGAACUAGCUGGACUCUGACCUUUCUGAGCGCCGUCAUGUUAGCAACCACUCAGUUGCAGGCUGGAUGGCUGCAGCAUGACUUUGGCCACCUGUCUGUCUUCAAGAAGUCCAGCUGGAAUCACUUGUUGCACAAGUUUGUCAUUGGUCAUUUGAAGGGAGCGUCUGCCAACUGGUGGAAUCACCGGCAUUUCCAGCAUCACGCUAAACCCAACAUCUUCAGUAAGGACCCUGAUGUCAACAUGUUGCACGUCUUCGUAGUUGGAGCAACUCAACCAGUGGAGUAUGGCAUAAAAAAGAUCAAAUAUAUGCCCUAUCACCACCAACACAAGUACUUCUUUCUCGUUGGACCACCGCUUCUCAUUCCAGUUUACUUCCACAUUCAAAUAAUACACACCAUGAUUUCCCGCCGCGACUGGGUGGAUCUGGCUUGGUCCUUGUCUUACUACCUGCGCUACCUGUGCUGUUCUAUACCCAUGUUUGGCCUGUUUGGCUCAGUGGUGUUCAUCAGCUUCGUCAGGUUUUUGGAGAGUCACGGGUUUGUGUGGGUGACUCAGAUGAAUCAUCUGCCCAUGGACAUCGACCACGAGAAGAACCAGGACUGGCUGUCCAUGCAGUUACAAGCCACCUGUAAUAUAAAGCAGUCCCUCUUCAACGACUGGUUCAGCGGACACCUCAACUUUCAAAUCGAACACCAUUUGUUUCCAACAAUGCCGCGCCACAACUACCACCUGGUGGCCCCGCUGGUCCGUGCACUGUGUGAGAAACAUGGGAUUCCUUACCAGGUGAAAACAUUGCAGCAGGGCUUCGCUGAUGUUUUCAGGUCACUGAAACACUCAGGCGACCUCUGGCUUGAUGCAUAUCUGCAUAAAUGACAACUUUUAUUCUUUGCACAGUACCUACAAGGACUGAUGUGUUUCCCUCUCUUCUGCAUCAUACAUUGAUUGUAUCUGUUUGGUUUUAUAAUCCAGUUAAUAGUGUGGGAUUUAUCUUUUCCUAGUGUUGGGGUUAUAGUUCCGUUUUUUCAGAUUCUGUGCCAGAUUUUUUAGUGCUCACAGGAUUUCUCUGAUUUGCCUUGCAGUGUCUUGAACAACAGUAGUAUGGCGUUAUAUAUACAAUUGUAAAAAGUGAUUGUCAGGUAUUUAAAGUGAUGUUUUUUCAUUAUCAAUCGUGAUACAGUUUGAACAAUAAAAUAUGACAAUUACGCGGACAAGUGACAAAUCCAGUGUAAUUGAGGAUUAUUUAAAGUUACUGUACUUAAUUUAACUUCCUUCUUUACUUGCAACUCUUAUUCUGGUUUUACAGUAUGAAAUAAAGGAACUGUAUUGACUGUU